UAACUGACGAUCAGCACGUGUACCUGGACGCGAAUAAACGACCGUUUUUGAAUAUGCAAGGAAUAUUGACACAACAAUCCAAAGAAAGCUGGCAAACGACCUGUCAUCGACCAAGGUUUUACCAAAAUGAAUCUACACUCAAACUCAUUGGACAAAACAUGUGCGAGUACUUCGGUUUUAGAAAUAUGAUAUCUUCAAUGUCCGUACUUGUGAAGAAGUCGAAACUCGAAACGAUAGCCUGGCCUUCGAAUUCCACGUACCAAGAGAACUCCACAGCGGUUUCUCUGAAUAAGACAGAUGAAACCUGCCCGGGGAUUUCUAUUCAGUGCGCAUCGGUUCUCGGUAACAGCGUGAAUACGUACUUAGUCGUCGAUGCGAAAACCGGAAGUCGCGACUACCUGUGGCCGUGGGCGGCUGCCAUCUUCGUUGAUGGGCACUACCGAUGCUCAGCACUGCUGUUGGAACCCAGCUGGGUAUUAUCCGCUGCAAAAUGUCUCGAAAACGUCAG